AUCUACGGUUGCUGUCAUCAUAUUACUUGUCUGAUUUACAGAUUGCUUACAUUGCUUAUAGACCACGAUACCCUUGCUGCGCUCUUCUGCAUCUGCUUAUAGCUCAUUCUGACACUUCAAUUGCGUUUGCUUUGUCUUUUUCCACUGGCUGCUUCCAAACAUGUUUCUUUGUUCUACUCGCUCGCAACUAGCUAUUUGCAUAGAAAUCCAAAAAGACGAUUUCGUCAAAGAAAUGGCACGCUCGAAAAUCUUUCUUUAUCUGCAUAUGCUGCUGGUCGUUUAUAUGCUCAAACACCAUCGCCAUGAUUCUUUCCGUGUUGCAACACUCUUCCCCCAUCCACUCUCCGUUUACACAUCUUCACUGGCUUCAGCCUCUCCUUCUUCUCACUUCUGUCGCCUUGCAACCAUUUCUGUCGACUUUUCCAGCGCACUCUGUGUCCACAGCCUCUUUCCAAGACAUUUAUAUAAACCUUCAAAGCUACCACUCUCCCUCAUCAGCACCUUCUCUACGCAUAUCCAUCAAUCCUCCCCAACACUCUUCCGCCUCAGACUCCAACAUGAACUCUGUACCCCUUCCAAACCUUCCGCCCACUGCCCGCGGGCCUCAUCCCACUGGCCCAACCCCUCCACGUCCCCGUCACCAUGAGCCAGACCCAGAUCUCGAUCUCGAUCCAGAUCCAAAUCCAGAGGGCAUCACCAGCCAGGGCAACUAUCCCGCGCACAAAUUCGCAGGCCCAUACCAGCCUCCGUUCCUCCAGUUCUGGGCCUCCGACGAGCUCUCGCAAUACCAGUACCUCAACUGCUCCUUCUUCAGCCACCCGUCCGACGAAGCCCCCACGCUGCUCCAGCUGAAACAGCACGCCCAAGCGCUCGUCAACCUGAUCAAGACCAUUGACAUAAGCAUGCGAGAGCCACCCAAGGACCGCGAUUCCGCCAACAGCAACAAUCCUGCCGGUAUCACCGAUGCGGAUCUCGAUGCCAGCGACGCAUUCGACUAUCUCGAGGAUUUGUCCAAAGUGUACCAGAACUCGUCGCCCUCGCAUAACACCCCGCUGUACAGCGUGCGAAAUAAUCUCCGUACGACUGGUGUAUCUGGAUCAGCGAAUCCUUUUUCGCGCAACGAGAAAUGCGCUAUCCUUGCGGACUUUAAAGCCUUUCUUGACGAACGACAUGACGAGCAGGCGGAAUAUGAACCAAGCACACCUACACCCGCACAGCGGCGACAGCAUGGAAAGCCAGGACAGCCGCAACCGCACGGACACCACCGCCAUACCUCAUCCUCGGACCCACGGCCGUUCCACGAUCGCCCACGCGAAGCUCUACACAACUACAUCCGCCACGCCAGUUCCGUGCUCGAAUGCCUAGACGAGCUGUACGCCGAACAGGGCGGCAUCUUCGCGCUCGUCCCUCCGCCUGGCAGCGCCAACCGGGAACUCAUCAAGCAGUCUUUUCUCGGGCAGUGGCUCGUCUUCACCACCGCGCUGGUGCAGCGCGUCGCGGAGCUCGAGGCCGAGGUGCGCAAUUCGCGGGAUGUGCUUGCGGGUGAAGCCCUUGCGCCGAGACGACUUUUGGGGACGGUUUUGGGGGAGUUUGGCCUUGGGUCUCAUCCUGGGUCUGACUCUACCCUGCUUGGUGGUGGUGGCGGCGGGGGUGGUGCAUACAACGUUGGUGGUGGAGGAAUAGGAGGAGGAGAAGACCACUGGACAGCCCCAGGAGGAACAACCCCUGGCACAAACGGAUGGGGCACGCCGCUUGUUUUCCCUCAGGACCGCUACGUGCUUGCGAACCUCUCGGCAGGGCUGUGGGAGACGCUGAGCCACGAGCUGGAUCAUAAGAUGAUGAUGCAGGUCGAGCAGGAGAGGAGGGCUGCUCGGGUUUUGCGUGGCGGGCCCAACGUUAGCGGGACCGGCGGUCCGGGGGUCAGCGGUGCUGGUACUGGAGCAACUGGAGGGGGCGGUGAUGUAGAAAUGCUCGACGACGACGACAACGGCAUGGAACAAGGCACAUCGCAUCCCCACCGCCCAAUCGUCUGGGUCGAUGUGCCCUGUCGGCUAUACAGAGUCACGGGCGCCCCGACUAUUUUCAUCACUCCGGGCCACGGAAUGGAUGAGAAUACCUUUUGGACGAAGUCCGAAGAGGCGCGGCCGUUGGUGCAGACUGUGCCGAGGGGAGCGUUGCCUGCCUCUGUGGAUACGGCGGAGGAGGAGGAGGGACAGGAACAGGAGGGACAAGGACAAGGACAACAAGGUGCAGGACAACCAGGCGCAGGAGCAGCAGGAGGAGGAACAGCAGGAGGAGCGAGAGAAGAGCAAGGUCAAGCGCCGACACAGAAGCAGUUUCAGGUCCAGCAAAAGGCGGCUGCUGCGACGGCGACAAAUGCUGCUGCUACUACUACUGCUGCUACUACCACCCCUGUUGCGGCAGUGACACCGGCGGCGGCGACAGUAGGAGGAAGUGGAUCUGGAAACGCAGUCGGAGUCGGAGGUGGAAGUGGUCAAACAAACUUCAAUCCAAACAACUACAAAGCACUCCUGCAAGAAGGCAUGGCCCGGCAAAAAGCACGCCUGGACAAGAUCCACGCCGCACGGGCGACUCGGCCUGCCGGUCCUACACUUGCCCCUCCUCAAGUUCAUCCAGUUCAUCCAGUUCAUACUGUGACGACUGCUCCAAUUGCUUCUGUCGCAGGUCCAGCACAAGUGCAUCCUGCACAAGCGCAGGAUCCUCCGGCCGUCGUCCAACUUGAUUUCUUUACUGGACGUCCAACUACAGCCGCAGUUACAUCAGGGGUUACAACUACAACUACAACUACUGCCCAUCCUGAUCCUCCUGUUCAGCCUACACAGUCUACUCAGCGUGUUCAGCUGGAUCAGACUGCAGGGGCUGCAGAGGAUGCUGAAGCCGCUGAGGCUGCUCAGCUUGCUCGGGUAUAUCAACUUGCUGCUCAAAUUACUGUCCCGCCGACUAUUCCACUUCCCCAACUUCAACCUGCUCAGCCUGCUCAACCUCCCGCGAUAACCCCAACCCCUACCCCUACCAUGACUACUACUACUACAACCAGCGAACCUCCCCCGUCCACCAUUCCUACCAACCCUACCAAGUUACCUCCGUCCAACAACCCACCCGCCGGUCCCGCCGGUCCCGCCCCAUCCUCACCUUCACCGUCACGAUCCCCCGCCCCCGCACACACAGGACACCGCGCAUCUACGCUCCCUCCGUACCUCCAAUCCCCUCCAUCAUCCCCUCCCCCUUAUUCCCCCACCAAGACCAUCCCCACCACACCUCAUACCCCCACCACACCCUACAACCUCAACCCGACCAACGAACCGCCCCUAAAAUUCGACUACAAAAACCCAUUCACCCCACGCACCGCCGCACUGACCGGCAACCCCUUUUUCGCCAGCGGGUCUCUCGGCCCUCGCGGGUCGACACACACGAGCCUGAUCCGCAAAGAAGACCGCGGCGCGGCGCGGCUGCGGCGGUCGCAGCGCGCGCGCACGCCGCAGGAGCGCGACGAGGAAGGGCGCGAGGACGCGGUGCUGAAUUAUGGGUCCGCCGGGGAUAAAGACCGGUUGUUGGCGGAUACGUUGGUGCGGAAUCGCAGGAUGACGGCGCGGAUGAGGCGGGCUAUGGGUGGUAUGGAUCUAGAUCCCAAGAGUCACGACGGUCGCGGUGGUCCAGACAGUGCAGGCGAUGACAAUGACAAUGAUACUCUCGAAAAUGUCGAAAAUGUUGAAAAUGUUGACACUAGCAGUCUGGACAGAAACGGAAAAGAGAAGGCAAAAGGGAAAAGAAAAGCAGACGGCACAGUCGAAGGGACAGGAACGGGAGACGAAAAAGCAGGUCAAAGGGAAACAGGAGAAAGGGAAGGGGAGCAAAGAGGAAAAGGAGGAGAAACAAGAGGAAAAAAAAGAGGACUCGGAAAAAUAGGACGCGGAAGACUCGAUCUGCCGAUCCGAUUAACAGUCAUCAGCGAAGAAGACGAGCGGGAACGACAGCUGCAUGAAACCGAGAUUGAAAAGGAAGAAGACAAGAUCCUGCGGCGGGGGACGAAGACGAUGAAGGACAAGAUGCUGACGACGGCGCUGACGCGGAAUAGGCAGCUCAAAGGCGAGAUGAGAAGCCUGGAUGCGUACAAGCAUGAUGAUCAGCUGUUUAGGCGGAAGAAGGUCAAGGCGUGAUGGGCGGGCAGAAGAGGAAGCGAGAUAGGAGAAGGAGGAGGAGUUUAUUUGGUUCCUUUUUUCGUCUUUUUUUUUUUUAACUUGUUUUAUUUUUUUUAUUUUCUAUUUUUACUUUUUGGGUAGUCUUUAUUUUAAAAAUAAUAGAAAAUAUCAAGGACUUGACAUUAGACGGAAUUUACAUAUAAGCUCUGUAUAUAGACACGUUACCACGUGAGAUAAUCCAUGGUCUGGUUAAUUAUGACUCUAGAUGAAACAGCUUUGACAAGGUACUGUCUGGCUUGCCCAGUAGUACAGAAGGGUGGCCUGCCU